AUGGACAGCUUGUCGCAUGAGUUGGAUACCGUGAAGUAUGACUUGAGUGAGCUGAAGGAGAACGGAUUUGAGGUUCAUGAGCUGAGUUUCCUUCAUUGGAAUGAAAGCAGCGCGUUGGAAGAAAGCCAGCUGUAUCGGUCCGUGUGGCGAAUGCAGGAUGACCUCCUGCAUGCGACCAAGAGCGAUUCGUCGCAAGUGAAGCGGAUCGUCCUUUCCUGCGAACGAGACAUGGAGGACUUCACGGCGGCCAUGGACGCGGUGAACGUCGACCUGGACGAGAUGCGGGCACGGGUGGAUUCCACCCAUUCGAUCAUCACCUCCCGCCAGAGAGUGGAGGCCACGGUCACUGCCGAGAUCUCCACCAUGCGUUUGGACAUGGGAGAUAUGCAGGAAGCGUUGAAGGCGCAUGAUGCCUGGAUGGAGGAUGUGUCACAGAGCCUCCAAGAGUGUCAUGAACGUUGCCAGCAACUCUCAGAGGACAUCAAUCAUCAAGCACAAGAGACCCAGGUCAAGUUGGAUGCCAAGACGGACAUCACCGCUUGGAACGACAUGAACGAUGACAUCGAUGCGUCCAUCAAGACGGUGCGGGACAUGGCCAGUGCCUUGCGCUUGGAGGUGGACAGUCGACGCCACAAGGUGGACCAGGCCCUGGCUGCCUUUCGUGAAGAUGUCAAGAGGUUGGACGAGAAGGCUGAAUCGAACCUGGUGAGCUUGACACGUGCAGCUGAGGAGUCCAUGGCCGCAGUGAACCAGUGUUUGGAGGAGCGGCAACAGCAUAGUCAAGAGCUGGAAGCGACUUUGAAUCGCCAUGCCGAUGUGCACGCGCAGAUGAACACGAAGGUCGAUAGUCACAAAGAGGAGUUGGAGAAUCGAAUCAGUCAUCUUCAGGCCUCGCUCUCAAAGCAGGAUGAAGACCUGCAUAAGGAAGCAAAUGAUCGGAUCGAAAGCCUUGAGCGGCAUCAUUCCAAUGUCUCCAAGGAGACGGCGAAGAGAUUGAAUGCCUUGGACUUGCGGAUCGCAGGGCUACAAGGAGCCAGCGGCGAGUCAAAGCGUGACAUUGGCAAGCUGAGGGAUGAGGUGAACUCCCUCACCGUGAAGAGUGCGGCCCAUGAUGUGGACAUUGGAAAGAACAGCGACGACCUGCGGAAGAAUGAACGGCAACGGUUGGAGGACAACCAGCGACACAAGCAGGAUGUCGAUGGAAUUUACGAAGAGCUGGACCAAAAGGUCUAUGAGAAGAACUUCCAGAGUUUGGAGGACAACGUCACAAAGUUGACGCGUGGAGCUGUAAAGCUUUGCCAGGUGGUCGGCGUCUUUCCGGGCGCGCGCAUGAACGAUGGCACCGAGGAAGAGUUGGACGUCGAUGUGGAGCUCCUGAACUGGGAGGACUGUGCCCAGAACUUGGUAGCUCGUGUGGACAAAACCUGGCGACAGCUUUCCUCGCAGAAGUAUCGAAGCAUCCUUGACCUGGUCAGCAAGAAGGCGGACCACUCGGUGCUACGGCUCUUGCAGAUCUCGCAACAGCACAUCGAGAGCCAGCUCGAUCGAAUACGACACGAACGAGAGCUCUGGAAGGAGGUGGUGGACAAACGAGCGCAGCAGCCGCUGCAGCUGGCCCUCACAUUAAAGGAUCCUCAUACAGGGCAGCCAAUGCCCGCCCCUCAAGGCUACAUGCCCGGCGGCAUGGGACCUCCAGGUAUGCCAAUGACUCCAAGGGCGAUUCCUUGCAGUGGUUUGGAGCCCAUCGUGCCACCACCGCCCUCCGGAAGCUUGGUUGGAGCUGAUCCAAACACCAUGAAGGCCUCCCCCUUGGCCAAGCGCAUCGCACGGCCUGUGGCGCCGCCGGCCGAGCGCAAACCGUAG